AUGUCUGAGCCGGAGCCAGACCAACCAGGAAUAUACCGGAGCGAGCAGGUAACGCUCGCUCAGUUAUUCCUCCAGUCUGAAGCUGCUUAUCAAUGUGUGGCCGAACUUGGUGAACUAGGACUCGUACAGUUUAGAGAUCUGAAUCCGGAUACAAGUUCAUUUCAACGUAAGUAUGUCAAUGAGGUUCGCAGAUGCGAUGAAAUGGAAAGGAAACUUCGUUAUCUGGAAAGAGAAAUCAAGAAGGAUCAGAUACCAAUGUUGGACACGGGUGAGAAUCCGGAUGCUCCACAACCGAGGGAAAUGAUUGAUCUGGAGGCAACCUUUGAAAAACUGGAGAAUGAAUUACGUGAAGUAAAUCGAAACGAAGAGACCCUCAGGAAGAACUUCUCGGAACUAACAGAAUUGAAGCACAUUCUUAGGAAGACGCAGACGUUUUUUGAGGAGGUGGAACACGAUCGUCGUCGUUUUGGCGAAACUACUAGAAGAAGGACGCUUUCUGGAGAACAAGAACCAUUAAUUAUAACUGCUGAAGAAGAACUGUCUUAUGGAAUGAGUCUAUCAUUGACGAUGCUAAGACUGGGUUUUGUCGCUGGGGUUAUUCGUCGUGAACGCCUUCCAGCGUUUGAGCGUCUUCUUUGGCGUGCUUGCCGUGGUAAUGUCUUUCUACGCACUUCAGAAAUUGACGAUGUCCUGAACGACACGGUUACGGGAGAACCAGUAAAUAAAACAGUUUUCAUCAUUUUCUUUCAAGGAGAUCAGCUUAAGACCAAAGUAAAGAAGAUCUGUGAAGGUUUUCGCGCGACUCUGUAUCCCUGUCCAGACACGCCACAAGAACGUCGUGAAAUGUCGAUUGGUGUUGCUGCAUCGAAGAAUGUCCGUAUGUGGCUGACAAAAGUGCGCAAGAUCAAAUCUAUUUAUCACACUCUGAACUUGUUCAAUAUCGAUGUAACUCAUAAAUGUUUAAUCGCUGAAUGUUGGUGUCCACUUACUGAAUUAGAACGUAUCAAAAUGGCUUUGAAGAGAGGAACGGAAGAAAGUGGAAGUCAAGUACCAUCGAUUUUGAAUCGAAUGGAGACAAACGAAGCACCACCGACGUACCACAAAACAAACAAAUUCACAAAAGGCUUUCAAAAUAUUGUUGAUGCAUACGGAGUUGCAACUUACAGGGAGAUCAAUCCCGCUCCAUAUACAAUGAUCUCAUUUCCGUUUCUCUUCGCCAUCAUGUUUGGUGAUCUCGGUCAUGGCGUUAUAAUGCUUCUGGCUGCCCUAUUCUUCAUUUUAAAAGAGAAACAACUGGAAGCGGCACGUAUCAAAGAUGAGAUCUUCCAAACGUUUUUCGGCGGUCGAUACGUGAUCUUCUUAAUGGGUGCUUUUUCAAUCUACACCGGAUUAUUGUAUAACGAUGUGUUCUCGAAAAGUCUUAACAUAUUCGGAUCGGGAUGGACAAAUUGUUACGACCUGCAUGAAAUUGAUCGGCAUGGGUUCAGCCCAGAAAAGCAACUCAUGUUGAUUCCCGAAAAGGCCUAUGACAAUGUUGGUGGACCAUAUCCAAUUGGUGUUGAUCCUGUUUGGAAUCUUGCCGAAUCAAACAAACUAACAUUCCUAAACUCGAUGAAAAUGAAAAUUUCAGUGAUUCUCGGAAUUGCACAGAUGACUUUCGGUGUGCUUCUUAGCUACCAAAAUUAUAAAUAUUUCAAGUCCGAACUUGACAUCAAAUUCAUGUUUAUCCCUCAAAUAGUAUUUCUUGCCAGUAUAUUCAUGUAUCUUUGUAUGGAAAUCAUAGUGAAAUGGAUUCGGUUCACCGCUGGGGCACAGGAUUCGAUUUUUGGUUAUAAAUACCCUGGUUCGAACUGUGCGCCUUCGUUAUUGAUUGGUCUUAUCAAUAUGUUCAUGAUGAAACCGUUGGACUCAGGAUUCAUUGAAGCAGACGGGGAACAAAAAUUUCAGUGCCACCUCAACCAUUGGUAUCCCGGCCAGGGUUUUUUUCAAACGCUAUUUGUGUUGAUAGCGAUCGCAUGUGUACCCGUUAUGCUGUUCGCGAAGCCGUACAUGCUGUGGAAAGCGGAUAAGGAACGUCGAGAGUCCGGUCAUAGGCAGCUGGCGAUCGUCGAGCAAGUUCUGCUGGUGUUAGCGGUGGUGCAAGUGCCUCUGAUGCUUUUCGUCAAGCCGUUGAUACUGCGAUAUCGUAAUCGAGCAGCAGAGGGUCACUACCACUCACUGCGCGAUGAGAGCGUACGAGCUGAUAUGAAUGGAGACGAUGCGGAAGUUGUGCAUACGGAACCGAAAACAUUAGCGACAUCUUCAGGAAACAACGGUGGACAUGGAGCGGAACCGUUCGAACUCGGUGAAGUUAUGGUCUAUCAGGCGAUUCAUACGAUUGAAUUUGUGCUUGGAUCCAUAUCACACACAGCAUCCUACCUACGUCUUUGGGCUCUUUCUCUUGCGCAUGCACAACUCUCAGACGUGUUGUGGACCAUGGUGUUUCGUCAUGCGUUUAAACUCGACGGCUACUAUGGAGCAUUGGCUACAUAUAUCCUGUUCUUUAUAUUUGGAUCUCUAUCCUUAUUUAUUUUGGUGCUGAUGGAAGGCUUGUCGGCGUUUCUACACGCCUUACGUCUUCACUGGGUGGAGUUCCAGUCCAAGUUCUAUGGAGGCCUUGGUCACAUGUUCACUCCGUUCUCGUUCGAAAAAAUCCUCGAGGAAGAGAAAGAAGCCGAAGAAAAUUUGUAA